CUUCAUUAUGUUCUUCUUCCUUUAGAGAGAAACCCAAAAAGGCCAAAACCGAAGAAUUGAUUUUUGUGUUUAUCUUUCCUUUUACGAUGUGUUACGGUCACAAUCAAUCGUUGUCGUCGCGAAGCAGUCUCCGUCGCCGAUCGCAUGACGGAGAAGAUGAUUCAGUGGUAGACGAUCUUCGAGACCGGCUGGCGGAAACCGAGGCGCGGCUGAGAAGAGCAAGGGCGAGAGAAGCUGAGCUAAGCCGGAGGUUGGAGCAUAUGAAGAGAUUCGUUUCGGUGAUGGAGAUCAUUGAGACUUUCUUGGAAAGACGAUUCCAAGAGCAGAAAGAUCGAAUUGCUCGCCUUUUCUCUCCUGUAUCCACGAAAUAAAAAAGGCUUCUUCUUCCUUUUGUUUGUUUCUUCUUUUUGUUGUGGGAUCUCUUUAGUUUUGGUUGUCCCUUGUCUGUUUGUGUUUGAUAGUAGCUAAUUUCGAAGAACCAUAGAUUUUGUUUUGUUGAAGCUUAAGGUAAAAUGAAAAGCUAUGUGCUUUAUGUCCAUUUUCAUCAGGUUAUUUGUGUGUUAAGCUUGUCAAGUUUGAUCCUUUGUUAUUGAUUACUACAAUAUCUGGAUUCUAUAGCUUAAGAUGAUCAAAAUAUAGUGUUUUUGCC